AGUUUUUGCAGAUCACCCAUUGUUCAGCUCCACGACGCGCGCAUCGAUUAGGGAUCUGAAUUCUGUCGAAUUAAGGCCUUUAUAUUGACUCCUCUCAAAGCACUCGCCUUCAGGAAUCUUGAUUCGAAAGUUCUGCUAGAUCAUAACGCGAUUGCUGUGUGCACCAUCGUCCCCGGCGGUUUUGUUUACGGCUUCGUUCGCCUAUUUUCCCUCUGGCAUUUUUUCUAGGUUUCCUACUGGACUUUUCAACCAGGCCAUACGUCAAUCAAGGCUGCAUAUUUCGGCUACGACCCGAACCGUGCCGUCGAUUAUUAGUUAGGAGUUCUCAAUCAAAGGGCACCUGCAUCAGAUUUACUAGAUCUUAAAUGCAGAUCCGGCUGGUUAAAGGGUUUCAUCGUACAGUAACUGUCGCUCACUAAUAUACGUCUGGAUCAUCGAAUUCCUAUGCACCUCACGCAAGGCAGUUGGGCUGAAGAUAUUGUUGGACGAACUAUGGCGACCUUUACGGCUUUAAACGGAGGUGAGCAAAAAGGUGCUGAGAGGCCUGGAAGCAGCCCUACCUCAAUACGCGCAGCCUCCGAGGAACAACCUAUUCGCCAAAUAACUACCCAGGAACCCAAAGUCGGAGAAACCCCUACGAGCCAAAGAGAGCACUGGUCAGGGCUAGGUCACGAACGGUCAUCUUAUCAACCUACUAAUUAUCCCGAUGCUGAAGGCGCGCACAAGCGCAAACGCUCAAUCUCGGAUGAGCCGCGUAGAGAAGGACUAAUUGCUCGAGAGCGGGAACAGCCAUCUCAAGUAGAGUCACGUGAAUCAUAUUCAACUCCGCAGAGAGAGCGCGAGUACAGGCAGUAUGGCGAAGAGAGUCGAGAGCACCACGAAUCUUGGUAUCCGCGGCAAGGGCACGCUGAUGAACGCAGCGCAUACGACCGGCAAAGUUCCGCAGGCAUGGCUCCCUCGCCAACCGAUGAGCAGCUCGGCGAGACACUUCGAAGAGGAACUUCCCAUAUGGAAUCCCAGCAUGAUUACGCAGCGACGAGCCCCGACGGUGACGACAGUUCUGUACUCUAUGGCAGUAGCUCUUACAGUCAGGAACAGAGAAAAGGAGAUGCUGUGAUUCAGUCUGACCCCAAGAAGAGGAAGCGCAAUUUCAGUAACCGGACCAAGACUGGCUGCCUAACUUGUCGGAAGAGAAAGAAGAAGUGCGAUGAAACAAAACCGCAAUGUACCAACUGCGUCCGAGGCGGUUUUGUAUGCCACGGAUACCCCAACCAGCGAGGUUACCCGAAAAUGGAGAACAAGCCCGCCGCUGUUCCGCUCGAAUCUAAGGACCCUAGCUAUGUGCCUCCAGGUGCCUACGGAAUGCCUCAGCAGAGUAGUUACCCGAUUGCACCCCCACCGCCUCCAAAGCGUGAUCAACCAGCUCAGGCCUACCGCGGUCAACCGCUCCGGAUAGAACCGGUGCAGGGCCGGCCGAUUCUGGCAGACGAUAGCCGGCAAAUUGUUUCCGCUACCCUUCCUACACCCACUCCAUCUGCUACAAGCCCGGAAAACAACAAACUUUCUUCGAUAUCAUAUACCAACCCAGGAACUAUGUUUCCUACCCCGAUAAGCGCUACGAGCAGUACUAUGCAGUUGCCAACGCCGUUAAGCAGUGUUGACCGGCACAAAGACUACCAGAGGGUACCACCAUUACACGAUCUUACCCGUACUGAGCACGACACUUCGCAUUCGAACUCGCUCCCGCAGAUUAAUAUUCUCCCGCCAACAAGAAGCAGCAGCCCACCAACUCAAAGUCAUCAAAGUCAACCUGCGCCACCGCCACCACCACCUCCUCCACCUCCAUCAGCAACCGCAACUGACCCUCAAGAAGCAGCACGUCUCGCCUUGUCGCAACACUUGCCUCCUGAGCGGGAGAGGACGCAGAAGGAAGAGAUGCUCACAGGAAAUCAAUACUAUCCGUUUGACGAAGAAUUGGUACUAGAGAGGCAAAGAUGUAGCGCCGCAUGUUUUAGGUUUAACAAUUCCACCAACCCGAGUGUUGGAGUCUCAGCAUCCGAGCGUUCUCGGCUUUUCCGAGAAAUUCUACACCCGACAGAGCCUAUCUUCAUGAGCCCGCAGUUACAAUCGUCUAUUACAAAUGUUGGUAGCGUUGGGCAAGAGGUGGUUGUCGAGGCGCCGUUUACCUGUGAUUAUGGCUACAACAUUGCUAUCGGAAAUAAUGUCUUUAUUGGUCGGAAUUGCACCAUUAUCGAUCCUAUGGAGAUCAUCAUUGGCAAUAACUGUUACAUCGGACCGAACGUCAGCCUCUUUGGCGGCACCCUGCAUACCGACCCCAAGAAACGCAAAGGCAGUAAAAGCCCCCACAUCGGUUCGCCUAUUUACGUCGACGAGGAUGUGUGGAUCGGAGGCGGCGCCAUAAUCCUUCUUGGUCUUAGGAUCGGGAAGGGAGCAACGAUCGCUGCCGGCGCAGUGGUCACCAAGGAUGUACCUCCGUUUACGGUCGUUGCAGGCAAUCCUGCUCGGGUAACGCGCGGUGCUAUUAGCUGACAGGGCACGAUGGAUUAUGUUUAUGCUCAUCACUCAUAGUUUCUUAAUAUUGGCUACGAUAUCUGAAUUUAUCGAUUGCUAUUUAUACAAGCGCUUCUCGUCGCUUCCGCCACUCGCGCCGUCUUCACGUACAGAUAGA